UUCUCUUUUCUUUUCUUUGUUUUGUUCUUCUUUCCUGUUGGUUUUCCUUUCUUGUCUUUUUUUUAAGUUUCACUUUUGAACAGCAGACGGAGACCUUCUGCCCAGAACUUGCCCCCAUUGGGCGCGCCCGGCUCGGCUGCGUGUGUGUGUGUGGUGAAAAGGAUGGGGUUUCUCUAGCCGCCGCGCACAAUACCGCCGAUCUGACCAUGAGGACUCUUCGCAGGUUGAAGUUCAUGAGUUCGCCCAGCCUCAGCGAUCUGGGCAAGAGAGAGACGGCCGCCUUGGACGAGCGGGGGACCCAGCAGCAGCGGGCCUGCUGCAAUGCCACCUGGAACAGUAUCCAUAACGGAGUCAUAGCUGUGUUUCAGAGAAAAGGGCUUGCAGACCACGAGCUUUACAAUCUCAACGAAGGAGUCAGGCAGCUUCUGAAAACGGAGUUGGGAUCUUUUUUUACUGAAUAUUUACAGAACCAGCUGCUUACAAAAGGCAUGGUGAUCCUGAGAGAUAAGAUCCGAUUUUAUGAAGGACAGAAACUGUUGGACACCUUAGCUGAAACCUGGGAUUUCUUCUUCAGCGACGUCCUGCCCAUGCUACAGGCCAUAUUCUAUCCCGUGCAGGGGAAGGAACCCCCUGUCCGCCAGCUGGCCCUGUUGCACUUCAGAAAUAUUAUAACUCUCAAUAUAAAGCUGGAAGACGCAUUGUCCCGUUCCCGCGCAAGAGUUCCUCCUUCAAUCGUUCAAAUGUUACUCAUCCUACAGGGUGUUCAUGAAUCAAAAGGAGUGACCGAAGAUUAUCUGAAGUUGGAAACUCUCUUGCAGAAGGUCGUUUCCCCUUACUUGGGGACGUACGGUUUGUACUCCAGUGAUGGUGCAAUCACACACUCUUCCUGCAUUUUAGAAAAACGCUUCUUUCGGCGCUCUAAAUCAGGGGACAUUCUUGCUAAGAAUCCGGUGGUGAGAUCCAAAAGUUACAACAACCCUUUGUUGACUCCCGUAGCCGAGUAUGAAACGGAGGGGGCCGCCGCCAACGGCUCGGGCAUCCGACGACACUCGGUUUCCGAAAUGACCUCCUGCGCCGAGAUGCCGGGCUACUCCAAUCUCACGACCAUCACGGACAGUGGAUCCAAGAGCUCCAUGCUCACCAUGAAGAUCCCCCCAUCAGGAGAGCCCGAAAGGCUUUCGGCCGGCUCGGUGCAGUGCGUGUCUGACCAGUCGAAAGGACUCUUCUAUCCCCGAGAGAACCCAGCCAGGGCGCUGGAGUUAGGCAGGGACUCAGACUUGCUUGCCAUUGCCCCCACGGCCAGCCCUGAGAACAUAGUGGACCAGAUUUUAGAAUCGAUUGACUCCGAUUCGGAUGGCAUUUUCAUUGAUUUUGGCCAAAACUGCUCUGGCUCGUCCGGAUACAAUAUGGAUGUGAGCAGGCAAAGCGUUGUCUGAAGGAGUUGCGCUUUGCAAAUCCACCAGCCUCUUUUGGGUGGGUGGAGUAAGAACGUUGCCUGCCCUUCCAGGUCAGAUAAAGAGGGUGUCCUCACCCCAGAGAAACGUGGAUCAUCCUGGCUUGGGAAAAUGGUGGUACCGCUGAAUCUUUGUUGUCAGGUUGCAUCCGUUGUAGGCUAAGUUCAUGAAGCAACAUUGAGGUCCAUCCGUGACCAGUCUGAGCUAUGGGCACCCAUGGAGCUCUGGUUGUGCAGCCAGGUUGAACUGAACCACAAAGAGUAGCAGGCCUGAGAUAUUGUCUGACCUUCAGCCUACUUUAAUGUCCUGUAAAGGGGCCCCCUCCUCUUGCGAUGUGACUUGCCAAAAGGGUGGCCUCCCAUGAUUGCAUUCUUUCCUAGCGUUCUCCUGAUUUCAGUGUUCAGCUCGCUGCCCGGCAGCUCCUUCCUCAGGAUUGUGGGUCUUCUGCAUUCCUGCAGGAGUCAGCAAACCGGAACCAAGUAGAAAAAGCAAGAGGUCAGUUGCCAGUUUGAGAAGCAUCCGUGUCAUUCUUUCAGUGGAUAUUCUUGAUGUAGAGUAGGACUUGGAUGACUUCCCAAAAGUCCUGGUGUGAUAGUUUAGAACAGAAAUAGGCAGCUUUUGAGGCUCAAGGACUGGACAAACUGGUGAAUGAUGAACUGGGACUAGCACAGAUGUGUACACACACAUAUGUACACAUAUGCAUAUAACUAGCCACCCAUGUGCAAAGC